AUGGCUCCCCAUGCAGAGGCCGGCGCCCCCGCCGUGUCCGGGACCAAUUCCCGGUACCACGCCGUUUCGACCGAGGCCGCAAUCAAGGCCGAAAAUGAGUUCGCCGCUCACAACUACCAUCCUCUCCCCGUUGUCUUCUCCAAAGCCCAGGGUGUGAAUGUCUGGGACCCCGAGGGUCGCCAGUACCUUGAUUUCCUUUCUGCCUACAGUGCCGUCAACCAGGGCCAUUGCCACCCUGAGCUCGUCAAGGCCUUGACUGAGCAGGCAAGCCGCCUAACUUUGUCCUCGCGUGCCUUCCACAACGAUGUGUUCCCUAAGUGGGCUGAGAAGAUUCGCCAAGUCUUUGGCUACGAGAUGGUUUUGCCCAUGAACACUGGUGUUGAGGCCACCGAGACUGCAGUCAAGAUUGCCCGAAAGUGGGCUUACAAGGUCAAGGGAGUUGAAAAGGACAAGGCUCUGGUCUUCUGUGUCACCGACAACUUCCACGGUCGAUCGAUGACUGCCAUCACCUUGUCGACCGACCCUGAAUCCAAGGACAACUACGGACCUUACAUUCCUAAUAUCGGCGCUGCUAGCCCUUCUACAGGCAAGCCUAUCCGAUUCAACAACGUUGCCGACCUCGAGGAGGUUCUCGAAGCUCACGGAAAGCAGACUGCUGCUUUCCUAGUCGAGCCUAUUCAAGGCGAGGCUGGUGUUGUGGUUCCCGAUGAGGACUACCUUGUCAAGGUCCACGCUCUCUGCAAGAAGCACAAUGUUCUCCUCAUCUGCGACGAGAUCCAGACUGGCAUCGGCCGCACUGGCCGCAUGCUUGCUUCUGAGUGGUCUGGCAUCAAGCCAGACAUGGUCACCCUAGGCAAGGCCAUCUCUGGUGGUAUGUAUCCUGUCAGUGCCAUCAUGAGCAGCAAGGAGGUGAUGCUGGUCGUUGAGCCCGGUACCCACGGUUCCACGUAUGGCGGCAAUCCUUUGGGUUGCGCUGUCUCUAUCCGAGCCUUGGAGCUUAUUGAGGAGGAAAAUAUGAUUGCCAACGCGGAGCGUCUUGGUAAUAUGUUCCGUGAGAGUCUUGCCGCGCUCAAGACGCCAAUCAUCAAGACCAUCCGCGGCAAGGGACUUUUGAACGCUAUUGUAAUUGAUGAAGCCGCUGCUUCCGGCCGCACCGCCUGGGAUCUUUGCAUUCUCCUCAAGAACAAGGGUCUGUUGGCCAAGCCAACUCACGGGGAUAUCAUCCGCUUCGCUCCUCCCCUUGUGAUUUCCGAAGCCGAGCUUCGCAAGGGUCUGGGCAUCAUUGCCGAGGCCAUCAAGGAGCUUCCCACAGUUGAGAAGUCUCACGGCCAUUAA